ACCAACCACGCCACAUAAACGCCGGGAAAGCCAGGCUUUGGGAAUCGAGAACGAACGAAAUUUUCGAAUUUUUUUUUCUUUUUCCUUUCUUUUUCCUUUCUUUUUUCUUUUUUUCUUUCUUUUUUUUCCCCAAUCCCUGUCUCCCCGCCGCCGUCACGAAUUCUUCCACCUUCUUGUUUUUUUCUAUUUACUUUUUUAGAGAAAGAUUUCUUUGUGCUUUUCCCUUGUUUUAACAAAAUAAAAGUGAGCAGCAUAUCGUCACCAUGAGCGUUGUUGGCAUAGAUUUCGGUUCGCAGUCGACGAAGGUUGGCGUUGCUAGGAAUAAGGGUAUUGAUAUUAUCACGAAUGAAGUCUCCAAUCGGUCUACACCAUCCCUAGUUGGAUUCGGCCCCAAGAGCAGAUACAUCGGUGAGACCGCCAAGACGCAGGAGAUCUCUAAUCUCAAAAACACCGUCGGCAGCCUGAGGCGUCUCGCCGGUCGUUCUUUCAAGGAUCCCGAUGUCCAGAUCGAGCAAGACUACAAUACUGCCACCCUGGUCGAUAUCAAUGGCGAGGCUGGUGCUGAGGUGUCGUACCUGGGCAAGAAGGAACAGUUCACUGCUACCCAGCUGGUGGCUAUGUUCCUGACCAAAAUUAAAACCACCGCCACCGCCGAACUCAAGCUCCCCGUCGCAGAUGUUGUGCUCAGCGUGCCUCCCUGGUUCACUGAUGCCCAGCGCCGGGCCCUGCUCGAUGCUAGUGAAAUUGCCGGCUUGACAUGCCUUCGCCUCAUAAAUGACUCCACUGCCAUUGCCCUGGGUUGGGGUAUCACGAAAUUAGACCUGCCAACCGCGGAGGAGAAACCCAGACGGGUUGUCUUUGUUGAUAUUGGACAUAGCGACUACACCUGCUCUGUCGUCGAGUUCCGCAAGGGAGAACUGAACGUCAAGGCCACCACAUAUGACCGCCAUUUCGGAGGCCGCAACUUCGAUAAAGCCCUGGUUGACCAUUUCGCCAAGGAAUUUAAAGAGAAGUUCAAGAUUGAUAUCACCACUAACCCGAAAGCGUGGACCCGGAUUCUGGCGGCUGCAGAGAAACUAAAGAAGAUCCUGUCAGCCAAUGCUGCUGCGCCCUUGAGUGUUGAGUCUGUGAUGGACGAUGUCGAUGUCCGCAGCUUCGUCAAGCGCGAAGAACUAGAAGCGAUGAUCGAGCCCCUUUUGGACCGUGUAACCGUACCCCUAGAGCAGGCCCUUGCCGAGGCGAAGCUGAAACCAGAAGAUAUCGACACCAUCGAGAUGGUAGGCGGCUGCACGCGUGUGCCCAUCAUCAAGGAGAAGAUCAGCAAUUUCUUCGGCAAACCUCUCUCCUUCACGCUCAACCAGGAUGAAGCCGUCGCCCGCGGUUGUGCAUUCAGUUGUGCCAUUCUCUCUCCAGUAUUCCGCGUCCGCGACUUCGCCGUCCACGACAUCGUAAACUACCCCAUCGAGUUCACUUGGGAGCCCGCCCCUGAAAUCCCCGACGAGGCCACCUCCUUGACCGUAUUCAACAAGGGCAACGUGAUGCCAUCGACCAAGAUUCUCACUUUCUAUCGCAAGCAACCGUUUGAUAUUGAGGCUCGAUAUGCUAAGCCUGAAGGCCUGCCUGGCAAGGCCAACCCAUGGAUUGGCCGUUUCUCCAUCAAGGGCGUGACACCAGGUCCCGAUGGUGAUUUUGCUACCUGCAAAUUGAGGGCUAGACUCAACCUGCACGGUAUCCUCAACAUUGAAUCUGGAUAUUACGUGGAAGAUGUGGAAGUUGAAGAACCCAUUCCAGAGAAAGAAGGCGAAGCCAUGGAUACGGAUGCGCCCAACGGGGAGGCCGGGGAGGCCAAACCGAAGAUGCGCAAGGUCAAGAAGCAGGUGCGGAAGGGUGACCUGCCCGUCGCGUCCGGUACUGCGGGUCUCGACGCGGCCACUAGGCAGCUCCUAGGCGAAAAGGAGAAUGCCAUGUUCAUGGAAGACAAGCUUGUUGCCGAUACCGAGGACAAGAAGAAUGAGCUUGAGUCGCAUAUCUAUGAGCUGCGGGAUAAGAUCGAGACUGUCUACUCUGAAUUUGCCAAUGAGGAUGAGAAGGCGAAGCUGAAGGCGAAGCUUGAUGAGACAGAGGACUGGCUCUACGAGGACGGCGAAGACACCACCAAGGCCGUCUACAUCGCUAAAAUGGACGAUAUUCGCUUUAUCGCCGGCCCCAUCAUCCAGCGCUACGCAGAUAAAAUAGAAGCUGAGCGCAUGGCCGUCCUGAAGGCGCAGGAGGAGGCGGCUGCGAAGAAGCGCGCGGAGGAGGCGGCCACCAAGAAGAAUGGGGCAUCUGAUACGGAGAUGAAGGAUGCGGAUUCUCCGUCUAGUGAGGAGAAAGCUGGCGAUGAGCCUAUGCCGGAAGUCGAGGAGACUUCUUAGGUCUUUUUUAUGAUUUUCAUAUGUUUUCUUGUGAAGCUUGUCGUCUCUCAUGUUUGUGUUGUAUGCGCUGGUUCUUCUUUUUUCGUUUUGCCCCCUCUUCUUUAUUUAGAAUAAAUAAUGUGAAAACCUAUUUUCUUCUCUCUUUCCUUUUCUUCUCUCUUUUCUUUUUUUCUUUUCUUUUCUUUUCUUUUCUUUUCUUUUUUUUUUUUGUUCAUUCUUACUUGUCUAUAAGUAUUAAACAGAGGAGUGAGUGAUGUUGGAAAGAAAAAAAAAAGCGGGAGAACGAUGAAAUGUGGAUAAUGAUGACGAUGAUGCUUGGUUUUCUCCUUGCUCAGGUUUUCUACAUGAAAGACAAAAAGAAUUCAUCUCAUUUUGCCCUUUGAUCUCCUACAUACAUCUUAUGUAAAGACAUUCUCCAUAGCAUGGUAUAGCGCUAGAAGCAAAGGUUCAAUGUUGUGGUUUUUAGCAAGGGUCAACAUGCCACUCAUCCAAGAUACAAACAACACACCGACAGUAACUAUAGAUUUGAUUCAUCUCUCGCCUUGUGUAGUUACUUUUCCUAGCUCGCGAUUUAUCGUUUAUCAAAAUGAAUAUCCA